GGCAUCAACAUAUCGUAAAAUAAAAAGUGGAGCCCCAGUCGAAUUGGUACCAAUCGAGAGCCCAAUUCGCUUCUAAUGGUAAUUAUCUGCUUCAUAAAUUCGCGUUCAAUUCCGCCCGGGGUGUUGGCAUUCCCCAAAUACCAGUGUUUUAAUUGUAUAGGCCGAUCGACCGGACCAUCUCUCGCGCCUCGAACGUUCUCGAAAAUUGCAUUAAUUUAACGCAUGAUUGGCAGUCCUGGCAAAUGGAAGCGUCACAGCUAAAGUGAAAUUAUGCAAAUUUCGUCGCUGCUUUUUUCGAUGUGAGUGCCCGGGCACAGAGCAAUCGGAAUGUUCGAUUGCUCAAUUACACUAAAGAACAAAAAGGUGUGCUCUUGCGCUGAGUCACAGAAAAACUGAAAUUCAUUUAGUGAUUGAUACUCACAAAAACUAGUCUUAAAGAAUAUUCCUUUUAAAGUAAUUGCACAUAAAGUUUCAUUAAAACCCAUUUUCUCGUUAUUAGUGAUUGAAGUCUACUCUUUUUUCUGAAACUUUUCCUAAUUGUUAAAAAAUAUACUCAUAUUUCUCAACUAUAAUUUGUACUAUUUUUUAAUAACUUAUCUAUAAUUUUAACAAUUUUAAAGGCAUAACUUUAUAAUAAAUAUUUAAAAAACAAGUGAUAAAGUUAUCUUUACUGAUCUUUAGUUAUAAUAUUAAAAUCAUAAUACCUAAAGUAGAGCCGACAAGUGUUGACCAAGUGACUUUUGCUGGUUUCCAUUAAGGAAAAAUGGGAAAAACAAUCAAAGUAAUUGGAUGUGCUGGAGUUGGCACUCUACUUAUUUGGCUGCUGCCUCUUUGCCUGAUCGAAAAUUACGGUCCGCCAAAUGGUAAUGGUCACUCCAAUGGCUCCAACACGCUGGUCAUUGCUCCUGGUGCCCCUCCUCCUGCUCCACCACCCCAGGAAGCUGGAAGGGAUGCGAUGAUGCGCCUGCACCGCCAGAAGCGCUACCUGCUCUUCCCGGAGGGUUCCUCCUUCCAGCUGGUGUUCGACAUCAUCAUACCCAUCAUAGACUACACCAACUACGCCAUCCUGGGCAUCACCUGCUCCGUGGCCUGGGAGCUGCCCAGUAAGCCGCCCAGCGAGCUGAUUGAAAACGUGCUCACCCGCAUCAACGACGGUACCAUCGGUACUGUCCGGCGGAAUGGCAGCGCCCCCGAUCCGGAGCCGGACCCCUCCCUGCCCCCCAAGGAUCCGGACAAUCGAGCCACUGCUAAUUGGCAGGCAGUGCACGCACCGCCUGCGAGUCCACCGGCAUAUGCGGCCAAUGAGCACGGCUCCCAUUCGUACUACACGAAUAUCCAGCGCAUCCCGGCCGCUUACCCAUAUGCAAAUGCGAAUGCGAAUUCGGAUGCAAAUGCAAAUGGACAGCAGCGGCAGGCGCCGAUGCCUGCUAAUUGGGAUGCGCGACAGUCGCUCUCGAAGUGGCAGAGGAAGGGGGCGGGGACGGUGGCAGGGGCGGGAGCUGGAACGGACAACUGGUGGACGCGGAACGGACAGCGGGUGCAGCACAACUGGCGCCAAAAGCAACGCAUGUGGGGUCCUUCGAAAUGGGACUAUAGCUACACCCAGCGACCCCGACAAGUGCUGCAGUCACCGCCCAAACAUCAUAUAUAUCCUGUUUUUGCGAAACGCAGAAGGCGACGAAGUCUGGAACAGGAUCCCCAUUUCGAGCGGCUCCACCUGCAGCAGCACCUCAGUUCGCGGCAGCUGCUCUUUGGCAAAAUCGAACGUCUCUACAAGUCGCGACGACUGAAUGGCACCUCCUGUGUGCUGCGAGCUCUCUGCGAAUCCGGCCAAAGGCAGACGCAGUUUCAAGGAACAAAUGUGGUCAAACCACAAAGCUUUAUAAUGGAACUGCUCUCGGCCAUCUUCCAACUGCCCAACAGCGAUGACGUGGACAACCUUGGGGAAUUGGAGCUAAUGAUUUCCCCCCAUUAUAUGGAGGCCCAUCGACAACAGGGCAACUGUCGACAACUCUACGGUGAUUGCAAUCACGCAUUUUGGUUGGAUUAAACAGAAACAGACUAUAAAUUUCUAGAAAUUACA